AUGCCCGCUCUCACAAUCAAUACCGACAACCCUCCCAGUAACAAUCCUCCUUCGCUGAACCGACCGCCUGUUUCUCCCCUUACUCCCCCGCUACGCCCUACCGAACCUGAAGCUUCCGGUUCUAGCGCCGCUGCUCGCCCAAGCUUUACACUUUCACAGCCUGAUCAGACUGCCAUACCACCGCCCGCACCUCAACCAUUAGAUUUUGAUGCGAACCCAGAUGUGAUAGCUCUCAAAUCGGCGAUAUCUAUCUUGCAAAUACAGAGACAACGUGCCACCACCGAUAUUCAAGCGCUCAGCCGCGCAAAAGAUGAGGCUGUACAAAACCCUGAAGCAUUUAUAAGUGACCUUGUCGCGAACAAGAUCAAUACACCCACCAGCGACGAUAGCGACAGCGAUGAUGACGAUAGAGAGAUGAGCGAGCAGGGUCCGGGAAACAAGAAGCAAGACCCCGGUGAAGGCUCCUCCAAGCAGCGCAUCGCUACCGAACCACCAGCCUGGAGGAAUAUUCCUCAGCCGCAAAACGUUGUUCGCUGCCCACCCAUAAACUGGUCUCAAUAUGCUGUAGUUGGCGACUCCCUGGAUAAGCUGCACAACGAACAAGUCGCCCGUCCAAACCAGGGCACGCCGGCAACCGUGGGCGCAAACGGUAUGUACGAGUUCAGGGGUGAGGGGAAACAAGAGAGAUACCAAGGUGUCGCGGCACCUUAUGCUCCGACUCAGGAUCGUCUGAAAAAAAAGCCCAAGAGCAGAAGGUCAUGA